AUGGUUAAUACGUUCGAAUUAGAAUUAAACGAUGAUACAUCUGUAGAAUAUUAUGGAGAUAAAAAUGACCUACUAUCAAUAAUUAAAAACCAAACUUCUGAAUUUAAUGGAGAGUUUAACAGUAAAUCAGGUAAAUCGAAAUAUAAAAUUGCUACUGUUUGUAUUGCCAACAAUAACGUAGAUUAUCACUAUUGUAAUAAAAUUAAAAAUGUAUUACUAAAAUUUAAUGAUAUUACAGAUAAUAAAAAUUUGAUUAUUACGAAUGAAAAUAACGAUAAAAUAUUAAAGGUUAAUUUACAAAAUAUAAUACUACAAAAAAAUUUAAUUAGUUUAUUGAAUGUUUUAUCUAACAAAUCAUUAGAAUAUGAAAUAGAGCUUGAGAGAAAAAAAUCAUUACGAUCAAAUUUAACCAAAACUAAAGAAGUAAAAUCAAAAUCAAGAUUUAAAAAGAGAAGGGUAUCCAAUUUAAAUUCGACAGAUCACCAAAUUAAAAAAAUAUAUAAAGAUUUAUUAUAUGAUGGAAUAAUAUUAGAAUUUAAUGAAGAUCUAAGUUUUUGGAAAAUAACAUCAAAUAUAUUCCUAAUUUAUAAAGAAUACAGUUUUAAUAAAUUUUCAGAUGAGACAAAUACAGUGUUGGAUGAACUUUUCUCGAAAAGGAUAAAAUUUAAUGAUUUUAAUUAUGAUCCUGAAUUUCAAGGAAAUCAUUUCCAUAACCAUCAUGCAACAAAUUUCAUUCAAAAAAGAUUUAACAAUCAUAUUAUAGAUUAUACAAAGUAUAAACUACGUGAUAUACAGAUUUCUUUUGAUCCAAAUAUUUCAUUAUUGAAUGUCAAAAUGUUACCAUUUCAGAUUCAAUCUGUUCAAUGGAUGUUAGAUAAGGAAUUGGAACAUAUUAUUUACAAUGAAGAUAUUUCGAUUAUAGAAUUGAAUAAAUUUCUAAACUCUCGUGUAUCGUAUGGUUAUGAAUAUAUAGAACCAUUAGGUACUGGUGAAGAACCAAUAUUUUGGAAUAAAUUUACAAAUUAUAUUGCAACGUAUAAAGAAGCCAAAGAUAUUUAUGAAUCUAUGACAUCAGGUAUUAGUCAAUAUGGUGCAAAGGGAUUGUUAUCAGAAGAAAUGGGUUUAGGUAAGACGAUUGAAAUAUUAUCACUUAUAUUAUUGAAUAAAAGGAAAAUUUUGGAUAAUAGCAUUGAAAAUAAUACAUUUUCGUCUGAUGAUGGAAGAAGUAUACUAAAGACAAAAUGUACUUUAAUUAUUUGUCCAAACGCUAUUCUAGAACAGUGGAUAAAUGAAGUUAAAUCGCAUACCACAGGUCUAUCCAUAUUUCAUUAUAAAGGCUACCAACAUGUGAAAAAAUAUUUUAAAACUGACAUUAUUGGUGAAAUUGUAGAACAGUUGGCAAACUAUGAUAUUAUUAUAACGACAUACACAGUAGUUGCCAAUGAAGUUCAUUACGCUGAAUAUAAUGUUAAUUUGAGGGCGAGAAAAAGUGUUGGUCUGCCAAAGUAUGAUUACUCCUCUCCACUUUCUCUAAUGCAAUUCUAUAGAAUAAUUUUAGAUGAAGUUCAAAUGCUACAUAGUGGUAGCACAAAGGCAGCAAAAUGUACUAGUUUAUUACACAGGGUUCAUACUUGGGGUGUAUCAGGUACUCCAAUUCAAUUAAUUCGUGAUUUCCAAACUAUUUUGUCAUAUCUUCAGAUUCAUCCCUUUAAUAAGUUUCCUGAAAUUGUGAACAAUAUUAAUAAUACUGUCAUUAAUUGGUCCAAUGAUAAAUCAGAUUUAGCAACUGAUGACAUUUCAAAUGUUACAAAUGGUUAUACAUUUAAUUUGACCGAAUUAAUGAAUCUUUUUAUUGAUUUCAACAUUUCUAUCCGACACAUUAAGAAGAAUGUAAAAGAUCAGAUAAAGAUCCCAAAACAAGAGAAUUACCUUGUUUCUUUGGAUUUUGCACCAAUCGAAUGGGAUAAUUAUUUGGAUUUAUGGAAUGCAUUUCUGGAAGCAUCGGGGUAUAGUGCUGAUGGUUCGGGUACUACACGACUAACAGAUAUGCAGCUAAAUCAAUGGCUAUCCAAACUGAGGUAUUUGUGUUGUCAUGCACUUAUCCCAGAACAUAAUAAGCUAAAAAGCAAAAAUUCUAAAUUCAACUUAAAACUUCACAACAUUGAUGACAUAUUAAAAUUAAUGACUAUUGAAGCGGUUGAAAAGCUUGAUAUUCUUUACAGGGAUAAUUACUGGUUAAAGUUGAAAUCAGCUCAAGCCAAGAUGGAGCUACAAAAUAACCCAAAGGGUGCUCUUUUAGUUUUAGAAAGUGUUAAAACACAAUUGAGAAAUGAUCUUAAAGAUAAGUUCUCUAUAAAUGACCCUUUUGACAUUUCAUUAGUUUCUGAUAUUCUGAAAUAUGAAGAAAUUAAAUCAGAUAAAUUAUCUGAUGACAAUUCUGAAUCGUUAGAGGUUGUUUCAAGGAAUUCUGAUGUGAUGAGAAUAAGAGCUUACAUGGACCUGUUACAUCAGUGUUAUUUUUUUAUAGCAACUGCGUAUUAUUUUAUGGGUUCUCACAAGUUGGAACAAGUAGAUGAUGAAAAUGAAAAAUUAAAAUUAAUUAAAAAUAAUGAAGAUGGUAAUAAAGAUGAUAACAUGGAUAUUGAACAAAAGAAGUAUACUGAUGUAUAUUCAGAAAAUGAAAUGAAGGAAAUUCAGUCCAUGCAGACAUUAGAACAAGAUAAUUACAGUGACGCAGAAAAACUAAGGCAACAGAUAUUAUUAUCAAGAGCUCAAAAGGUUGAAUCAACAAUAGAGGAAAUGAGAACCUCAUUCAAUAAAAAAAACAAAAUAUUUCCAACAUCUUUGAAAUUGAUAGAUUUUGGGUCUGAACGAGACUUUUCUACUAGUAUUUCAACAUCAAAAAGCUUUCAGAAAUUGAAUGAAUUGAUAAAUUUAGUUAACAAGCAGGCAAGCCAAUUCAAUGAUUUUUUUUCAGAAUUGCUGAAGUUAUCAUACCAGCCAAUUACAAGGGAUUAUGAUGAAAAUAAUAGUGAUGAUAAUAAAGAUGAAAAGGCACAAGAGUAUACCAAUUCUAUUGAUGAUCAGGACAAGGUUUUUUCAUACUUAUCAUGUAUGGAAAAAAUAUUGGUCAAUAGAGAUUUGUUAUUAAAUUCGGAUGAGGAAAUUAAAAUUCCUAAAAAAUUGGCACCAUCUGCUCAACAGCUUUCAGAUUUCAAUCUUGGAUUGCUUUCAAAAUUAGAUUUGGUUGGAGGGAUACCCUUUAAACCAAUUUUUGAUGAGUUAAAAAAUACUAGGAUAGUGGUCUCUUUGACAAAUAAACCCUCUAUAUCAAAUUCCACUAAUAAUAAAUUUGAAGAGCAUUUACUAUCAUAUGAAGGUGAAUUGAAAAGGAUGAAAAGGGAAAAUAAACAGCUUAGGGAAUCUCUUAAAAAGAUAAAUACUAUAUAUAACUCGAAGGUCGAGUAUUAUAGUCAUUUACAAAAAAUAUCAGACUCGUUGGUCUCCCUGUUACAAUUAGAAAGAAACAAUAGAGCGGUAAUAUUAAGAUCGAUAAGAAAUGAUGACAAAUACUCGCAAAAUCUGAAACAUAUUAACACAGCAGAAUCAAGAAUUAAAUAUCUGAAUAGUUUGAAUAUUCUUCGUGAAUCUGCUAGAGACAAUAAAUCCUUCAAUUGUACAAUUUGCUUGAAUCAAAUAUACACUGGAUCGAUUAUUAAAUGUGGGCACUUUUUUUGCAAGAAAUGUAUUCAAAGUUGGCUAAAAAAUAAAAAUUCGUGCCCACUUUGUAAAACUGAAACUGGAUUAUCUGAAAUUUACAAUUUUAAAUUCAAAGAGGAAGAUACAGAAUACAGUUCAUAUGGAUCACAACCUAAAUCUAAAGAAAUAAGUGAUGAAUGCUAUGAAAAUGAUCGCAUAACAGAUGAUGAAAUGGUGAAAAAGGAAGAUGAAUUGAUGAACUCAAGAGACAGUGAUUCAAUAUUCAAUGAGAAGUUUGUAACGUUCUCUUCAUUAAAAGAAGUCCAAAAGAUAUUGUUAAAGGAAAGCUAUGGUGCAAAGAUUGAUUCUGUAGUUAAACUUAUAUUGUAUUUAAGAAUUAAAGCUGAGAGUGAAAAUGAUGAGCCACCACAGAUUCUAUUGUACUCUCAAAGUUUAGAUUUUCUCAAAGUUAUAUCAGAAGUAUUGACAAUUCACGAUAUUAAACAUUUAUCUUCCCUCUCAAAUGUUGCAACAGUUGGUGGAACGAUAGAGAAAUUUAAAGAAGAUUAUUCGUAUACAUGUCUCCUAUUGAAUGUAAAAACAUUAGGUGCAGGUUUAAAUUUGCUAAAUGCAAGACAUAUUUUUUUAUUAGAUCCAAUAAUAAAUAACAAUGAUGAACUACAAGCAAAGAGUCGGAAUAAUAGAAUAGGGCAAACCAAGACCACAUUUGUUUGGAACUUUAUGAUACGUAACUCUGUUGAGGAGAAUAUCAUGAGAUACAAAUGUAUGUUAGAUGGUAAGAGAAAAGAAAGAAAGAUUGAAGAACACUUAGAUUCUGAUGAAGAAUUUCCAUCUGACGAGGAGGAGCAAUUUGAAAUGAAUGAAAGCACAGGUGAAACGGUAUCUAAAAAGCAUUUAUGGAAUUGUUUCUUUCAGAAGAACAAUGUUUAA